AUGGAGCAGACUGCCCGGGCCCUCUGGCUCACUAUUGAAGGCCUCUUCCGCACUAACAAGCAAUCCUGGGCGAUCUUCCUCAGCCACGACUUCCACUCCAUGACCCAGGGCGACUCCUCCAUCUCAGAGUACUGCCAGCGCAUGAAGAACCUCGCCGACGCCCUCCGUGACAUCGGUCACCCCAUUCAGGAUUCCCAGGUGGUCCUGAAUCUCCUCCGUGGCCUCAACCCGCGCUACUCCAACACCGUCGAUGAUAUUGCCAACUCCACCACCGGCUUCAUGUCCUUAACCCAAGCGCAUGACAUGCUCACCUUGAAGGAGCUCCGCCUCGCCAAUGAGGAGAAGAUCUCCAACUCCACGGCCCUCCUCACCAGAACCUCCUCAUCGUCAUUGUCCUCUGACUGUACGGGCGGGUGUCGCCCACUAUCUGGCCCUAUCCAGAUUGGUGGCAGCCGUGGCGGUGGCAAGAAAAGGUGGCAGAAGAAGGGCGACGGCAGCUUCCAGGCGCCCUCUGGUGGCGGCAACGGCCCCCCAUGGCCCACUGACAUGUGGUUCUGCUUCAGCCCUGGGGUCGGCUCCUAUGGCACUCUGGGCCACCAGCAGGCUGGCAGCCAAUACCCGACGGGCGGUGGGAGCUUGUGUGCCUCUACCCCCAGCCUCCCCGGCCCUCCUCUGUAG